AUGGGAGCAGAGCACUUUAAGAGAGCCCCGGGAAGCUGUAACCUGAAGCCUGCCGAAGGCUGGGCUGGGGGAAGCAGCAAAAAGCAGAUGUGGAUGCACCAAACCCGCACUGUCCCCGACUCGCACCCGCUGGGAGCCUGCGACCGGAGUAACCCGAGGUUCAGGCAUGCAGAUUCCAGUGGUUCUCCUUUUCCUGGGUCUCUUAACUGUCCCAAGCAGAUCCCAGAACUCAGCUACUGAGCAGAACUCUGCCACUGCUGAUGGAGCUGGUGAGGUUGAAGAAGAAGAUCCAUUCUAUAAGAGCCCUGUAAACAAGCUGGCAGCUGCAGUCUCCAACUUUGGCUAUGAUCUGUACCGGCAGCAAUCUAGCCGGACAGCCACUGCUAAUGUCCUGCUGUCUCCAUUCAGCCUGGCUACAGCACUUUCUGGUCUCUCACUUGGGGCUGGAGAACGAACAGAAGAUGUGAUUUCUCGUGCUCUCUUCUAUGAUCUGCUCAACAAAGCUGAAGUCCACAACACUUACAAGGAGCUACUGAGCAGUGUGACUGGGCCAGAGAAGAGCAUGAAAAGUGCCUCCCGUAUCAUCUUGGAGAAAAGGCUGAGGGUGAAGCCUGGAUUUCACGGCCAACUGGAGAAGUCCUAUAGGAUGCGUCUGAAGGUGCUAAGUGGCAAUACCCAGUUAGACCUCCAAGAAGUCAACAACUGGGUACGGCAGCAGACAAAGGGCAGGAUUAUGCGGUUUAUGAAGGACAUGCCCACAGAUGUCAGCAUUCUCCUUGCUGGGGCUGCUUACUUCAAGGGGACCUGGAAAACCAAGUUUGACACCAAGAAGACUGUCCUGAAGGACUUCCAUCUGGAUGAGGACAGAACUGUGAAGGUGUCCAUGAUGUCAGACCCCAAAGCCAUACUGCGAUAUGGUUUUGACUCAGAACUCAACUGCAAGAUUGCCCAGCUCCCACUGACAGAGGGAAUCAGUGCCAUGUUCUUCCUGCCUACAAAGGUGACCCAGAAUAUGACUCUGAUUGAGGAAAGCCUUACUUCUGAGUUUGUCCACGAUGUGGACAAGGAGCUGAAGACAGUCCAUGCUGUGCUGAGCUUGCCCAAACUCAAGCUGAACUAUGAAGAGGCACUUGGCAGCAUGCUGAAGGAGACAAGGCUCCAAUCACUUUUCACAUCACCUGAUUUUACCAAGAUUUCUGCCAAACCUAUUAGCCUAUCUCAUGUGCAACACAAGGCAGUUCUGGAGCUUAUUGAAGAUGGGGAAGGAUCCACACCAAAUCCUGGGGUGAAUGCUGCUCGUCUGACCUUCCCCAUAGAAUAUCACGUGGACAGACCCUUCCUUCUUGUACUGAGAGAUGAUACCACUGGAACCCUCCUCUUCAUCGGCAAGAUCCUGGAUCCCAGGAGUGUUUAGAUCCCUUCACAAUAAUCUGCAAUGGUAGGGCCCAAAUGGAAAGGGUGGCAUUGGGAGGGAUACUGGCUCCCUGCUCUGCUGCACAAAGACACAACUUGCAAAUCUUAUGCCUUCAUGCUGCAAUAAAAGAGCUUUUGCUAUUAAUUUCAGUAA